AUGUCCGCAUCGUGUCCGGAUCGUUGUCUGUUCGGCAGACCGCGCGUCGAGGACGCGGCACUGAGCAAACGGAUAGCGUCUGAAAUGGAGGAGGCUUGUCGCAAGACAAUGUUCAGUUUUCGAAGACGUUUCCAUUUUGAUCUCGAGGAAAUGCGGCCGACGAAGGUUGCGGACGCAGGAACGCCAGCCGCUCUGAAUGAACUCCAGUGGAACUGGGAGGUGCUUGAGGUUAGCAGUCCCUCGAAGUCACCCAUUCCGGCCUUCUACACGUCGCGAGGUAGAAGUAUUACAGUAAAGCGAAUGCAACCCAGCGGUCUCAGCCAGUGUAGAGAAGCCCCAUCCAGGACUGAGGCGAAUGACACCAGAGAGAAUUCAGCUAAACCACGGAUCACACAGACCAAGAUUACGGACACGUGGCAAGUUCGGAUUCGUCGGAGCUCUGGUAUCCGGGAGGGCGAUAGAGAAGCUCCCUGUAAACCACUGUCGGAGACGAAGUCGCAGGAUGUGCGCGUAAGGGCCAAGGAAGGUUGUGGCUCUCCUGGCCUUGGGUCCAAGCUCCUCUGCAGAACCGUAUAG